AUGUCCGACUUGUGGUCUGCUCUUGUUUCUGCCAUUGACUCAGACUUCGACGCCAUGCCUGCUGUCCUCCAAUCUACCAUUACUCUUUUGGAGACGGAGCUCGUCAAAGCCCGUGCCGCUCUCCAAGAGAUUCAACCACAUACGCCGAUUUUGCGCAUCGGUGAUGAAGUCGCCGUCGGUGCCAUGAUCGCCUAUCGCCAAAAUCUCAUCGGCCGUGCACCCGAUUUCUAUGGCUCUCGUCGUCUGACAGCAAAAGAACUGGGCCUGGAACCCGUCAUACGCGAAAUUCCUCAAGAGAAGAUCACCCGAGAUUUGGUCUGCACAAAGCCUACACCUCCUCGGCGAGCACCCAUCGAAGAGGCCCUGACCAAUAGCUUGAUCUUGGAUCAUGUCGCACCUUACCUCGCGGCUCCAUCCUUGCUAGCUCUGGCAUCCACAUCUCGACUCAUGUAUAGCAUGAUUACACAAACUCCCUACAUUUUCCGCCAUCUUGAUCUGACCCGGUGUCGAGGUGCCCGGCUUCCUAAAAACUCGCAACCCCAAGAUGACCUACAGACAGAAGAUGAAGUAUACUCCGCCCCACUACGACGCAUCUUCGCCAGCCUAGAGAAGAGAUCGGUGCUGCAAGAUGUGCGCACCCUUGUCUUGGAUGGUCUUCCAGUACCAGCCAACUUGGUCGCUGAUAUUAUUCUAACGGAUCGGUUUAACGUCAACAUCCUCUCGAUCCGCGAGUGUCUUCACCUGAACGAGCGCAAGCUUAUGCAGAUCAUCCAGCAUGCAGUUCGACCUACACGCCCAGAGGGUACACCGCGGGUCAAAGGUAUUUAUCACUUUUCACCCAGAACCAAGGCCCCUCGAGCUGUAGUACGACGCCGGUAUCGCGACUGGUGGAGCUCUCGCAGUAGCUUCCGAAGCUCCAGCCAGAGUUCAUCAAGCACCUCGUCGGACGACGAGGAGGAUAUUCCCAAGACACCCACUGAACAAAAUGAAUGGUACAGCCCAUCGGGGAAGUUGUUCAAAUACAACCUGGAAGAUGGCUGGGCACAAACCUUGCAGAAAUGCGAGGGUAUCAUUGCAUUUGAUGCGGUGCUUUGUCGUGGACCGCGCCAUGAUGUCAAUAUGUACUCCUCCACGAAUGAAGAUGGUUCGGUUCCAGACGCCCCUCUCCUGGGACCAGCAGUGGCCACUGUCGCACUGGGACCGCGUGGCUGUGAUGGAUGCCAUAGCUCUCCAGAGGGACCAGCAAUCUGGGGUCAAUCCCCUGAUCUACAGUUCCCACUCCUGAACCCAAUGCCAAUACACGUAUCCAGCGUCACUGCUGCGAAGCGCCCUGAGCAAAUUCCAGGGGAGCAUCCAUGCCUGAUUACACGAUGUACUGAUUGCUUGACUGAUCGCUGGUGCCAUCGGUGCAACAAAUGGUUUUGCUCUAACUGUUUGCCAAAUCCUCGACAUGUCCGAAUGAAUCUUUCGCCACAUCAGACAGCAGUUCGUCCGCCUCAGGGAUCACUGACUGGACCUAUUCGACCACUAGUGCGAGAGAAACCUGGACCAGGAGUGAGCAAAGAUUGCUGGGAAUGUGGCCCGACUUGUGCAUCGUGUAAGCUAGAUUGCCAACACACCUGUCAGAGCUGUCAGGGUGAUUACUGUAUCGAUCAUAAUGAAGGGUGUUCUGCUACUAUGUGUGAUUGGUGCAAUACCAGUUCUCGCCACCGUAUGCGGGCCUUUCGUUAA